CGGGGAGGGGCAGGAGGGCCAGGGCCUCCGGAAAACCGGCCCAGCUCUGCUUCCUGCCCCGCCGGAGCCAGGAAGCCCAAGCCGGGACCCAGGGCCCGGGAUCCCCAAACCCCCGUACCCCCAAGAUCUGUGGGGCUCUUCCCGGCCUAACCCCAGCCUCGGCUCGGCAUGGAGACGGAGGACGCGGUGCGAGGGGCCCCUGGUCCGACCCGGCCAGCCCCAGUCAGCAUUAUUGGUGCUGAGGAUGAGGACUUUGAGAAUGAGCUGGAGACGCACCCAGAGGAGCGGAGCAGCCAGUUCCAGAGCCUGGAGCAGGUGAAGCGCCGCCCAGCCCACCUCAUGGCCCUCCUGCACCAUGUGGCUCUGCAGUUUGAGCCCGGACCCCUGCUGUGCUGCCUCCACGCCGACAUGCUGGCAGCGCUGGGCCCCAAGGAGGCCAAGAAGGGCUUUCUGGACUUCUACCACAACUUCCUGGAGAAGACGGCGGUGCUGCGGGUCCCGGUGCCCCCGUCGGUGUCCUUUGAGCUGGACCGCACCCGCCCAGACCUGCUCCCGGAGGAGACGCAGCGGCGAUUCCUACAGGAGGUGGUCCGGGCCCAGCAGGGCGCCGUCUCCUGGCAGCUGGAGGACUUCCGCUCCAAGCGGCUCAUGGGGAUGACCCCCGGGGAGCCGGACCUGUCCCAGCUUGAAGCCUGGGCUGCCCGGGACCGGGUCAGCUUUGAGGGCCGUGAGCGCCUGGUGGCUGAGAGGCUGCUGACCCGCCUGGAGGACAUGCACCCGACCAUCUCCAACGAUGAGGAGAAGAGCGCGGCCAUUGUGAAUGCAAUCAGCGCUUAUAUGCGAUACCUGGGCGUGCGGACCAAGAACAGCGACAAGAAGGCCCGAGGGAACUUCUUCCGGAAAAAGGUUCCUGGGACUCGCCGGGCAGACGAUCCCCCCAAGACCAAGAAGGGGUUCAUCAGCAUUCUGGAUGCAGCCAGAUGGAACCGGGGGGAGGCGCAGGUUCCUGACUUCCGACACCCUAAAGCCGAGAGUGAAGGUGAGAAGCUGGGGCUUCCUGAGCGGAAGAGCAGCCAGGUGACUCCCCCCAGGGGGCUGGUCUGCCCAGAUGGCCCUGGGGUUGCCGUGCAUCCCGCUCCAGGUGAAAGCCCAGACAAGGAUCCAGGGGCCGAUCCACCCUCAGAAGUGGGGGACCCACCCCCCCAAGGCCCCUCAAGCUCAGAGUCCCCCGUCCUCCCGGACAGCAACACGGAGGAUGGGGCAGACACUGAGAGAAAGUGGAAGAGACUGUCUGGGAGAUUGGGGCGCUCCGAGAGCCUUCGGGUGACCGACCGGCGCCGGCCGUCCCGAGGCAGCCUCGGGGCCAAGGGCCGAGCGGGGGGCCGCUCCCGAAGUGAUGUGGACACUGACCCUGGCUCUGCCACGGCGGCCCUUGGCUCCGCCCGACGUGCCACCCCCGAGCCGGGUGAGGAGGGGGAGCCGGGCCGCGCUGGGCUGGAGCUCGAACCCGAGGAGCCUCCUGGCUGGCGGGAGCUGGUCCCCCCUGACACCUUGAAUGGGAUGCACAAGAACCAGGUGAAGCGACAGGAGGUGAUCAGCGAGCUGCUGGUGACUGAGGCGGCCCACGUGCGCAUGCUUCGGGUGUUACAUGACCUCUUCUACCAGCCCAUGGCUGACGGGGGUUUCUUCACAAUGGAUGAACUACAGAACAUCUUUCCCAGCCUGGAUGAGCUGAUUGAUGUGCACUCUCUGUUUCUGGAGAGCCUAAUGAAGCUACGGCAGGAGAGUGGUUACCUCAUCGAGGAGAUUGGAGAUGUGCUGCUAGCCAGGUUCGACGGCCCAGAGGGCUCCUGGUUCCAGAAGAUCUCUUCUCGGUUCUGCAGCCGCCAGUCCUUUGCUCUGGAGCAACUCAAGGCCAAGCAGAGAAAGGAGCCGCGAUUCUGCACUUUUGUGCAGGAAGCAGAGAGCAGGCCCCGGUGCCGGCGGCUGCAGCUCAAGGACAUGAUCCCCACAGAAAUGCAGCGACUCACAAAAUACCCUCUACUUCUGCAGAGCAUCUGGCAGAACACAGAGGAGCCGAAAGAGAAGGCAAAGGUGGAGCAGGCGGCUGAAUGCUGUAAGGAGAUUCUGCAUCAUGUGAACCAGUCUGUGAGAGACAUGGAAGACCUACUGCGGCUCAAGGACUACCAGCGCCGCCUGGACCUGUCCCAGCUGCGGCAGAGCAAUGACCCCAUGCUGAGUGAGUUCAAGAACCUGGACAUCACCAAGAAGAAGCUGGUGCACGAAGGACCCCUGACCUGGAGGGUGACCAAGGACAAGGCUGUGGAGGUGCACGUGCUCCUGCUGGACGACCUCCUGCUCCUGCUGCAGCGGCAGGACGAGCGGCUACUGCUGAAGUCCCACAGCCGGACGCUGACCCCAACGCCGGACGGCAAGACCAUGCUGAGGCCGGUGCUGCGCCUGACCUCUGCCAUGACCCGGGAGGUGGCCACAGACCACAGAGCUUUCUACGUCAUCUUUACCUGGGACCAGGAGGCUCAUAUCUAUGAACUGGUGGCCCAGACAGUGUCGGAGAGAAAGCACUGGUGUACCCUCAUCACCGACACGGCGGGCUCUCUGAAGGUCCCAGCCCCUCCUGGGCGGCCCAAACCCCGACCGAGCCCUGUCAGUUCUCGGGAGCCCCUAAUCAGCAUCUCAGAGAACGGCAACAACAACAGAGAGACCCCUCAGGCUGAAGCAGGUCGCUGUGAGCGCAUCCUGAGUGACCUCCUGCCCUUCUCGUGCCCGGGCCCGGAGGGGCAGCUCGCUGCCUCUGCCCUCCAGGAAGUUCUCUCCCUUAAGCAAAUCCUGCUCCCAGCAGAAGAGGAGAAUGGGUCGGGUCCAGCCCCCGAGGGUGAGGGGGCAUCAGGGGCUGGCCAGACCCAGGAGCUGAGGGAGAGGCUUCUGAACUUGGAAGAUACCAUAAAAAGGCUGGAGGAAGUAGAGGAAGAAUUCUGUCGCUUGAGACUCAUCAUAUCCCAGCUCAAUGGGGCCGGCCCCAGCCAGCCUGGUUGCUCCUGAGGGCCUGGCAGACCCUCUCCAAGGGAGGACCAGGAAGGGGGAGAGGGAGAUGUCGGGGAGCUCCCCCCAGCUGGAUCAGCUACUGCCUACGUCUGACCAAAGGAUGACCAGCCACAGAGGAGAGGCCUGGGGCCCUGCGGGCAGGUUGGGGCCUCUCCCCCAUCCACCUCCUAUCCCCGGCCCCUUGGGGGACCUCAGGGCUUAUUCCAUGUCCCCUUCACUGCCCCCAGAAGGGGCUCUGUCCUUCCCCAACCUGCCUUUCUCCAGUGCCUUACCUGUUAUGCAUCGUUUUUAUAUUCCGAGGUUUAUUUUUAAUAUAUAUGUAUGUAUGAUGUGAU